GGCCGAACAAGCAGCCGAGGCUGGACACGUGGAUCCAGCAGAGAUUGUCAACCGCGAAGGCUCUCUACGAGCAACAGAAGAGGCAAGAGAUGAAUCUGCCUGUCCCGUUGCCCAAUGGGACCCUGGUCGCGCAGAAUAGUUACGAGCAGAGGUCGGAUAACGGGUACGCGUCGUCCGAGUCCAGGUAUCAGCAACCGUCGUACUGUGAUAAGAGGAAUUACGCGGAGCCUAAGGCCACCCACGCUUCACCGCCCUACGUUCAUCCGGUGAUCACGAAACCUGCCAACGUUCACUCUGUGCCGCAAGCCGGGCAAACGUCCGUGUACCCGAAUUACAGGCAAGGGCAGAAAGGUAGCGGGCCGCCAACAACAGGUGGUGCCACUUCCGGGGGACAGGCCACGACCGAGCCGCCUAGCAACACCGGUGCCGAUAAAAGGGUGCUCAGCUUGUUGAGGAACAGCCUGGAGAACAAGCAGCAGAGGGAGGAGCAGAUGAACAGUCAGCAACCUAUCCUGGCUAAUCAUAGUCAACAAAGUUUUCAGAAUAAGGUUGUUGCACCGGUCGAGCCCAAAACGAACAUAGGAAGGCACAACCUGUCACCGUUCACGGCUGCGAGCUUACUGGAACGAAACAGCAACACGCCGCCCCAUUACAAGUUCCAUGUGCCGAGAGCGGUAGACUCGAUCACUCAGGAGGCCCCCCGUAGUUUGUACGGCUCGAGAGUAAAUUCAUCCGCCACGCUACCUGGCAAGGAGGCACUCCUGGGACCCCGAGGAGCCGAGAAUCAGAUUCACCGUGACAAAGACGACGGCCUCGCCGCCAUAUUGGCAGCGAAAAUCAGAACGAAGGCGGAACUGAAACAGGUGGGGACCGGCCAAUUUGCAACGAAAUCGACCAAUGUACCCUCUCAGGAUGCAUCGUCUACUCCAAAAGAACAAGACAGCGCCGCAUCAACGUCGACACCUCAAUCAGGCUCGUCUGCAGGCAGUCCUCCAAAGUUGACUCGCGAGAAGGUGGCCUGUUUACCGCCCCGAAGACGCUUGUUCUCCAGAACGGAGGAGGAGAACAUGCCGGUGGCCGCGACGGUUCCGGUUCCGGCGCCACAACCUGCGAUCGCUUCGAGCGUGCCUGCGCGCGCCAGCGGAUUCAGAAGUUCGUCCGAGACUUCGGUGUUCGAUUUCAGAGAGAGCGAUUCCGAAGGCGAGAUGCCUGUUCUCGAGCGGCAAACGCUCGAGGAGAUGAGGAGGGACAGAAAACAGCUGUCGAAGGUGCAGCCACCCGUUCCACUGAACGAUGCCAUGUGCAUUGGCAUGACCUCAUCGUCGGAUCUCGUGAAAAUAGAAUUGAAGGAGAACGACAAGAUCACCGAAGUAGACACGUUUUGGUCCAGCACGUGCGACAAGUUUAUGGAACAGCUACGAACCGGUGACGCGAUGAAGAAACGUGGUCGUAAGAAAAAGGUCAGUUGCACUAUAACCUCGAAGCUCGAUGACGCUGGAAACGAUAGCAGCAAAGAGUCGGACGCGAACACGUCUCAGAUCAAACCUGAGGACAUCAAAAAGGAGAUUCAGGAUGACGAUUCGCCCAUGGACAGCAAAGAUGAGUCCCCAGAAGCGACGAAAGAUGAGGAAUCGUCGGAAAUGAAGGAUAUCAAGGUUGAGGUGAAGACGGAGCCAGAGAUGAGCAAGGACGACGAGGAGAAGAAUUCCAGCGACGAUUCGGACGAAGUACCAUUGAUUCGACGAACGAAGAAGAAGACGAAGAAGGACGACAGUGAUUGCGAGGAGGAGAUAAUAUGCAGGAAGAGAAGGGUGCGCAGAGGAAGCAGAAUUAAAUUGCAAUCAUCCAGUGGUAGCGAAUCCUCGAGCGAGGAGAGCGAUGGUAGCACGGAGUUUGGUCACGGUUCUUCCGUGGCUGACAGGCUGAGGGCUAGGAAACGGUGCGCCAACAGCAGCGCAGAAUCCGAAGGGAUGAAGCUUAGAUCCAGAGACGCGACGCCGCAAAAAUCUAAAUCCGAGAAAGAAUCCAAAUCCUCCACUUCGAAGACUUCUUCCCAAAAAGGAAAACCGAAGCCUCUUUUCGGAGACGGCAGCGAUUUUAGGCCUGGUUGGGAGGAGGAAGUUUACGUGUACAAGAAAUCCUUGAGAAUGCCACCUAGAUUGAUUACAGUGUCGAAACCGUCUAGGUUUCACAGGUUGUCUACCUCGCUGCCUGAUUUGGAUCCCGGCUCUCCAGCCUUGUCUGUCUCCAUGGAUAGUUCUGAUGUGUAUCUGAACAGGAAGAAGUUGGUUGACAGUGACGUGGAGUCCAAUUACAGUUUUAGUACAACUGGGAUUGGAAUAGGAAGUAAGAUCGAUGAUGAGGAAGCUACAUCGUCCACGACCAUUUCGUGUCCGCCCAAGGGUAUGAAGCACUCGAAGUCGGAGAACAGUUCUAUCGUUGAUGUCUUGGCUCAGAAGGUUGGUACCAGUAAGAAGGAGCAGAAGAGGAAACAGAAAGAGAAGUUGGACAAAGGUGCAAAUAAAACGCCGCAGAAAGGCACAAACGAACCUGAAUUGCUCCCUACUCCGAGUCUGACACCUUUAGUGGAAUCGUCCAAAUCGCCGAAGGGUAAAUCACCAGUCAAAGAUAAGUCAUUAAAAACUAUCAAAAUGACAGAUUCGUUCCUGUUCGGUUUCCGCAAGGAAACUGUGAACAAUUUCCGUGAUACGUUUAAGAAUAACCACGCUUUGCCGAACGAGUUCUCCACAUUGGUGCUUAAAAGUAGGACGAGAACAGAGACUAGGGUAUUGAAGAAACAGGCAACAAUUAGAGAAGUUUUCGGCGAGGACAGGCCAGCUUCGGCACCACCUAUGCAGAAUCAUGAUGAUACUUCUCAAGAUGACGAUUCUCAGAACGAAACACCAGAGAAUAGGUUGAGUAAAGAAAGAACCUUGAAGCAGAAAGUGGUUUCGAGGCUGAAGAACGCUGGUAUUUUGAGGAGUCACAAGGCGAUCAUAAACUCGAAGCAUCAUCUGUUGAUGAAGAGGCGGAAGGACUUGUUGAAAUCACUGGCUGAGAAGAAGCUGCGACAUUUAAAGACUGAGACGGAAGAGGAACCGGUACAGGAGGAAACAAAUGAUGCGCAGGAGACGGAGAACAAUGAGCUCGAUGACGAGACCAAUGAAUCAGAACUUCCUAAUAAGAAGAAGCUUAAACUGCGGACAAGCAGGCGGAAAUUCCGCUCCGGAUUCGAUUACAUUCGUAAGAAGAAAAAACCUUUGAAGAAGGAUGAGACAUUACCCAAGGAAAGAAAGAGGCAAGUGUUAACGAGACCCAGUCCAGAGUGCGUAGCAGAUAUUCAGUCGGAAAUUAGAACGUGGGUGAUCAAAAAAGGUGUAGGUGAAACGAUGCUGCAUCGUGCCGCCAGACUUGGUUAUACGGAUGUCACCGCGUAUUGCUUGGAAAAGCUAAAUAACGCGCCGAGUCCAAAGGACAACGCGGGUUAUACGCCUCUUCACGAAGCGUGUUCCAAAGGCCAUCUCGAAAUUGCGAAAUUGUUGCUCGCAUACGGUGCGAAUGCGAGUGAAAGUGCCAAUGGUGGAAUAAGACCACUUCACGAGGCAGCUGAAAAUGGUGCUACCGAACUCGUACGCCUGCUACUUUCCUAUGGCGCUGAUCCCUUAUUAGCCACUUAUUCCGGACAAACCCCGCUAAUGCUAGCAGCAGAUACCGAUGCCUAUUCGAUCCUAGAACAACAUUUAGACGAUAUCCAGGGUCGUGCGAGUACACCAUGGUCUUUUGGCGGCCCGUCGUCUAUUUUUGACCUCGAAGAAACUGGUUACAAUCCCCUCGACGAUCCUCCUAUGGACAGUCCAGAACCCGAACUAGAUGAAAUCGAGGUAGAGAUGGGUGAUGUGAAUCUGCCAGUUCUCUUUACUCUCACCAACGAUCCGGAUAAAUGGAUGCUCCUCCAAGACUUGAUGGCCGCUCUUCGAAUAAAGAGUAGAGACGCGUUACUCCGUCAAAUAAAUCCGAAAGCUCACUCCGGUCCACCGGCCAUUGCCCAUCGUGACGUGAUGAAAGAAUUAAAACUUCAAGAUUUUCUGGAACAAUCUCGUUGCUGCCAUUUGCUCAGUGGUGGCGAACGAAUCAACGUGAGGGGGUCUAAGGUGACUCUGAUCAAGUACAACGACAAAGUAAGAUCUCUGUUGAACGUGGAGAAGGUGGUGAUCAGCCUGAGGUGACAGGAGGCACCUCUGGGGCAGUCAUCACCCCAGGCUAAACCGUCGACUUCCGCCUCGAGGGAACUUCCGAAAAAGAGCUCGAGCGUGUCGCCCAAGAGACAAGCCAGAACGCGACAGAGUAACAAGACAGCUGCCACGGAUUGAACGUGAACCUGAAAAUCUUGUUCGCUGUGAAAAGUCGCUCGUUUGAGCUGUUUCGAGUCUCUCGUUCGAUAGAGGCCAGCUUUUUCCUCUUCGAUUCCGCUCGACGAGGCAACUGGGGUCGAAUACAAGGUGCGAAAACUAAUUUAAGCUUACGAUAGAGGAAGAUCGUUCAAUAACAGUGCUUUCUGACACUAUUUAGCAGUAUUUAUUGACAAAUGUUCUCUACACGGUGAUAUUUUUAUGGAUGAUCGAGUCCUGAAUAAUGGUUUUUCAAUAUGAAGAUUGUUAUCUUGUUCAAUGAUAUCAUACUGUCCUGAUCUUGUAUAAUAAUUCGUUCAAACAUUCAAUUCGAAAGCGAAAUAAUAUUUGAACGAUCCUUGCGAAUAUUUUGGAAUCUGAUAGGCGUCCAUACGCUUAUUUUCAUUCAUUCGAUUAUUCGUAUUGAAAGAAUCGAUACUCAUUGUCGAAGAGAAUUUGAAACUGUGAAUGGUAACUGCGUGCGUUCUCGAUUGAAUCGAUUAUGAUUGUUUCGUUAAGUUAACAGAGAACAAACGUUGAAAAAUAUAGUUAUCGAAUUAUUAGUACGUUGUUAAUUUCGUUUUUUCUCUGUCUUCCUUUCUUUCUCUCUCUUUUUUUUUUUUUUAUUAGUAAUAAUAAGUCGAUUAAAAUAUAAUUCGGUUACGCGUUUACAAAGAUUUAGAUUUAAGCAAGCGUUUAUUAAUCGUCGAAAUAUGGAGCAUUUACGUUUUUUUUUUUUCUUUUCUUGUUUUCUUGGGAUGUGCAAUUUCGCGAGUCCAUUUCUUGUUAAAUGAUUACCGAUUAAACGCGAUCGAUCAGCGCCCCUUAGGUCUGAGAAACGUAAGAAAAUGGAUCGACCGUGUAAUAGACACAAUGUGCAAUAAUUCUCAUCGAAUUCGCGAUGAUUGAUCCUCGAAUUAGCGAUUUAUUUUGCAAAUAAUAUUCAAUUGUUAGCUCGUUGGAACCGAGAAAGUAAUCGACGCGUUCACUGUUUAGUUCUACUCUAUUUCUAUUUUUUUUUUUUAUCAUGUUCAUCGUUAUCACGUAUCGUUACGUUGAAAAUUUCUUUUUUUUGUUUGAAGUUUCAUCUAUCGGAUUGGUGCAAUCCAAUUGAUUAAUUUUUGUUAUCGAUUUAAUAUAAGUGUUUCAUUUUUAUGUUUACUAUAUAUGUAUAUAUAUAUAAAAGAAAGAAGAUAGAAUGAAUAUGUUGAAGAUUAUCAUGUUCAGCAGUGAACGUGUUCAAAGGAUCAUUGAUGCAUUUAAACUAGACUUUUUUCAUUUACAUGCGUCGAUGGAACCGAUCUCUACGUACUUAUACCUUCGGAAGCGUGUCGAAGCAUGUGUCGAAAUAGAAUGUUGAAAAAUAAAAAAAAUUUCUACUUGUAUCAUAGACACAAGCUUAAGUUGUUUAGCAAAAGCAUGCUUACGCGCUUUCAUUUUGACUCCGUGUACAGAGGAUUAGUCGUUCUGAUCAGUCUCAGGGAAAUAUCCGUACGCGUAUUCUCGAUAAUCCUAUGCGUUGCAUCGAUUCGAACAGGGAUACGACCAGGCAUCGUAAAAAUAUUCGAUUGAUCUGUAAAACGAUCGUCAAGAUAUUGUUAUUUCCUCAUGAUGUAUAGUAGACAGAGAGAAAGAGAGACACCGUUUCGUCUUCGUACGUUGAACGAUCGUUCCAGAUCGAGAUCGAUCGAUGACUGGUCGCUCGCUCGCUUCUCGUUUUUUUUUAAUUUUAUUUAGCUGACGAUUUCUAAACGAAUAUUACCGAUUAAUGUCGUGGACGAGAUGGUGUUUACACGUGUACAUACAUAUUUUCGAAUAAAAAUCUAGCGUCAUCUGCCGUAUGUGUGCGUCGAAGAGUCCCGGGUUCUCUUGCAGAUGGCAAUUUCUGUGCAUCAUCCAUCGUGGCUGUUUAAGAAAAAGAAUGUUUGAAAUGAGAUUUAAAAAAGAAGAACAUAUGUAGAGGAGAGGGGAAAUGAUAUAAAAGUUGAUAUAAAAGUAGAUUGAAAGUGAGUCGAGGCAGAAAAGAAAUAAUUGUACGUGUAAUGUACCUUUAAAAUGUAAAGUAGAUAUUGAAUAAUAGUGUAAGUAGCCAGGAAGAACACGACACUUGUUCAUAAUUACUAUAGUCGCGUAUAAUACACAUUUGCGCACGUGUAAUUGUAUAAGGAAGGGAAAAAGAGAAAAAAAACCAGCGUUUUAGAAUUAACUU